CUAUCUUCUUUUCUGAUUGAAUUGUUUCAAUUCCUCACACUCUUUUCAUUUCUUCUUCGCGGUCCCUAUAUAUCGGUGCGGAGUACUCUCCUCCCUUUGCACCGCCAUGGCUCCUCGAAUCAAGGACGGAGAUGCCGUGGUGACCAUCAACGGCAAAUGGGUGUCAUGGUCUCACACUGUCUUCGCAUAUGCUGCCUUCUUCAGCGCGCUGAUUGUCGGCAUCGCGUUGCAUUAUCACAAGAUCGUUCAGAAUGAACACUACGGCUACCCCGACGAAUGGUUCCCCUCCGUGUCCGCCACGAUUGGCGAUCGAUACCCCGAGCGCUCUUUCUUCAUGGUCUUUAUCGCCAUCACUUCCGGCCCUCGCUUCCUCCUCGUCUUCCUGUGGUACAUCCUCAGUGCGCGCCCGAACUACACCCUGCCGAAGAUUGUUGCCGGCGUUGGUGUCUUCCGGACCUUGACCUGCGGAGGCUGGACCUAUGUCACUUCCACCGAUGACCAUGACUGGCAUGAUAUUUUCAUGAUCUCCUAUCUGGUGGCCACCCUGCCGUGGACUCUGGGUUGCCUGGCCCUCAGCCCGAACAACCGCCGCGCCGUCAAGUAUCGCAAGAUCCUGGCUAGCCUUUUCUUUGGAACCUUGGUGCCAUUGAUCUAUUACUUCAUCCAGCACAAGGUCCACAAGGUACCCGGUGCCUACACCCGUUACGCCUUCUUUGAGUGGUCCCUGGUUUUGUUCGAUGUGGGCUUUGAUGCAAUCACCGCCCUCGACUUUGAGGGCUUUGAGUUUGUGGUGCGCGAUGUCAAGGGGAUCAGCAGAGGGCAGUUGAAGACUACUGCGGACUCGGUCCUUGAAAAAGAGAAGGGCAAGUCCGUGGGCAACACCUUCGGCGAGGGCUUCUUCUGGACGGAGAUUAUCGACGCCGCUGCCGAUGUCUACAAUGGAUUCGUCUUCUGGACCAUCGUGACCGGUCUUCCCGUCCUCGUCUGGUACUUCCCCUUGUGGCACAUGGGUAUUUCCGGCUACGAGGUUGCCAUUGUCUGCUGCUGCUCGCCUCUGUUUUUCGCUAUCCCGUCAUUGCGAUAUGCUGCCGCCAAGAAUCUGCGAGCUCUGCACUUGAUCUCGCUGGUUGGUCUCCUUGCCUACAAGUUCCAGGAUCCCGCCAACCGACUUUUCGUGACUGGGUUCGCCCUCGCGACUUCUUGCGCCGCGUGGACCGCCAGCUUCUUCGCUGAGCGCGCCAACUCGCCCCGCCUUGAGACUCGUAUCAUGGCCUGGGGUAUUGGUCUGAUCAUGUCCGUGAUCGUCAAGUUCGCUUGCUAUACUAACAAUCCGCUCUGGCCCGUCAUGCACGCUGAAAACGGUGGCUGGAACAAGAUCGGUCUGGUCGUUGCCAUCUUCGCUGUCUUGCGGUCUCAGCGUGGCUCCAACACCAGCGGAGGCGACUACCUACCGUCUGGCGGCAAGAAGGGCUCGUCAAUUCUGGCUGGCAUUGGAUUUGGAGGUCUCAUGUUUGCCAUCGUGUCGCUUUUGACCGACUCCAGCACUAUGAUUUCAUGGGUCUGGGACGGAUAUCCCGUUCGGGGACCCAUCGCUGUGCCUCAUGGUGCUGCGACCAUUCUUGCCAUGGGAGCUGGUCUUGUCUACGGUGUAUUCUAUCCCGCUGUGGCCGGAAGCUGGACUGCCUACGGCAUCGGCUCUCUCGGUGCGGCUCUCCUGACCUGCUAUCACCACUGGACCGGAUACUACGGUGCUCUUGCUUUCGCCUUCUAUGUCAUGGCCGUUUCACCCGUUUUGAUCUCGUCCAGUGUUCGCCACUCCCCUGCAACCGCCUUUGGCGUUGGCUUCAUCUUCUACGUGUUCAUGCUGCUCUUCCACGUCUGGGUUGUCGCCUACGCGUUCGUUCCUGGCGGCCCACUUGUCCGCGAGCACACUGACUGGGUUAUGAUCACUACCAUGAUUUCUAUUGGAGCUGGUGUGUUCUCGGCGGCCACCUCCAACUCGUCCACUCGUUUCCGUAAGAAGCCCAUCGGCCCUAACGGCAAGAGACAGCGUUCGUACUACAUUUACGUCCUCGCUGCGCUGCAGUUGCUGUCCAUCUCCGUGGCCUACCUGCGCUUCCCCACCAAUGACUACCAGCCCCACCACAAGGAGGACAAGGUACUCACCGCUGGUAUCUGGACUGUGCACUUCGGUCUUGACAAUAACAUGUGGGCUGCUGAGCGUCGCAUGCGCGAUGUUCUUGGUGAGCUUGAGCUCGAUGUUAUUGGUUUCCUUGAGUCUGAUAACCAGCGCAUCAUCAUGGGUAACAAGGAUGUCACUCAGUACAUUGCUGAGGACCUUGGCUACUAUGUCGACUUUGGCCCGGGCCCCAAUAAGCACACCUGGGGUUCAGCCUUGUUGUCUAAAUUCCCUAUCGUCAACUCCACCCACCACCUUCUCCCCUCGCCCGUUGGCGAGUUGGCCCCGGCCAUCCAUGCAACUCUUGACAUGUACGGCGAGAUGAUUGACGUUGUCGUCUUCCACUCUGGUCAGGAAGAGGACCCCGAGGAUCGUCGUCUUCAGACCCAGUAUCUGUCCAAGUUGAUGGGCUCUUCCCCGCGUCCACUGAUCUUGCUGAGUUACCUGGUCACCAAGCCGCUGGAGGGGAACUACAACACCUAUGUCAGCGAAUUGAGCGGAAUGAAGGAUAUCGACUCCAGCGACUGGGACAGAUGGUGCGAGUACAUUCUGUACAAAAACGUUCAUCGCACAGGUUACGCCAGAAUCAGUCGCGACACCAUCACCGACACCGAGAUUCAGGUUGGCAAGUUUGUCAUUGGUGAGCCGGAGCCGGAGCAGGAGGUGCGCAUCCCUGAGGAGCUUGUUCCCCCAGGCCGUCGCUUCCCAGCUCUGUUCCGUGGCGAGGGUGUCCGCGGACACCGCUAUCACGUCUUCGAUGAGCCCCGAUACUGGCAAUAA